ACUAUACAUAGUUGCUUUUGCUCAAAGGAAUGGCUACAGCUUGUGGGCUGCUUUUCCUUUCCAAAAAAUGUCUACAGGUUUAAUUAAACUUCUGGAAUAAACCAGUUUUGGCAGGAGACACCACCUUAUCAGCAGGCUAACUGCUUGCUUUCCAAGUGAAGAUGGGCAUUUUGGCUAUUCUAAUUCUCCCACUGCUUGUGGUUGGAAUUAGUGGAGUUAUAUACAUUUAUCGGAAAGUUACUCAGCUGAUGACAAAGUCUGCUGUGCAGAGCAAAGUUGUAGUAAUCACUGAUGCUCUCUCUGGUGUGGGCAAGGAAUGUACACAAGUAUUUCAUACAGGAGGAGCAAGGCUGAUUUUGUGUGGGAAACACCUGGACAAAUUAGAAGCUCUCGGUGAUGCUUUAAAUAGCGCGGCUGAUCCUACUGCAACAUUUACACCAAAGCUUAUCCUUUUAGAUCUCGCUGAUGUAAACUGUAUCCAAGAUGUAGCUAAAGAAAUCCUGGAUUGUUAUGGAUGUGUGGAUAUUCUCAUUAACAAUGCUAGCACAAAAGCCAAGGGGACAGUUCAAAACGUGUCACUGGAACUUGACAAAAAGAUCAUGGAUGCCAACUACUUUGGACCUAUAACACUCACCAAAGCUUUUCUUCCCAACAUGAUCUCCAGGAGAACUGGUCAAAUUGUGCUAGUCAACAAUAUCCAGGGGAAAUUGGGUAUUCCCUUUCGUGCAGCCUAUUCUGCUUCGAAGCAUGCUGCUCUAGGAUUUUUUGAUUGCCUGAGAGCAGAACUGCAGGAAUUUGGUGUUUGUGUCAGUACUGUGUCUCCAAGUUUUAUAUGUUCCGAUCAUAAUCAGCUGCAGCCUAAGAACUGGGAAGGCGCUUCAUGGAAAAACUUCUUCAGAAAGUCAGCUUAUGGUGUCCGCCCAACAGAGGUAGCAGAAGAAAUUCUACGGACAGUGAACAGGAAGAAGCAAGAGGUGUUCAUGGCAAACCCCAUCGCAAAGGCAGCUGUUUAUAUUCGCACUUUCCUCCCAGAGAUAUUUUUUGCUGUGGUUGCUGCUGGAGUGAAAGAAAAACAGAAAAUUGAAGUUGAAAACUGAUACAUCAAGCUCAGCUCCCUUGAUAGAAGGGUUGUGCCGAUUUUCUCUUGCAGAGGCACCUUGGAAGAAUGUUGUAUAAAUCCAAAUGAAGCAAACAACAAACAAACAAAAAAACAAAGUUAUGUUUGAGGAUCUGGAGGCAGUAGAAUAGGAUACGGCCUUUUCAUCUAUCAUUAAAAGUGUACUGCUGGGCUAUGAAAGAGAGCACAAAAGACAUUUUUUAGAGUGCCAAGUGAGUCAUCUGAAAUGGGGCCUCUGGUUUCCUGGACAAUUGCUAUUUCAAAAGAGUUAAUAGAAAGCAUGAAUUGUCUGCAUGUUGGGUGAAGUGUUCAGAGCAGUGGUGAAGGUCAAGAGAAUUGUAAACUAAUAUUGGAAAAAUGAGGAAUUUCAGCAAUCGGGGAGAAUAUAAGCAAUGGAUGCAUGGAAAAGAAAUAGAGAGUAUAGAAAGAGUAUGAGGUUCUGGGUUCACACCAGAGUGCUUGGAUCUUAGAAAGUAGAUGGGUUUGACAUUUAGGAAAUUCUCACAGGAAACUGAAAAAGGUUUCAGAACCUUUGCCUUUUUGGUGUGAUUAACUGAACCUUUCACAUCUGCAGUAGUGCUAGGUUUUGAUAGCUUUUAGUUCUAAAAAAAAUAAGCAAAUGUCUGGAGUGGGGAUUAAAUAUUCCACAUUUCAAAAUGUUGCAUUGCUUUCAUUCCACAUGGGUAGAUAUGUCCAGUUUGGGCCAACUGCAUAACUUUUUAAAAAAAUACACACCCGCAAGAUAGUGGUGGGGAGCAUAUGAUGAAAUGCAUAUCAUGAUGUUAUGACACAUAUCUUCAUGAUGUACCUGCUGGUGUCAGGUAAGACACCAGAACACAAAUGUGUAAGAACAGAUUAUGUAUCAUAAUGUCAGCAUGUGUGUGUUGUCAUUUUUUUACACAAUUUGUAAAGCUUACUGCAACUGACUUGUUGCAGACAAAGCAACUGACCACUACUGAUAAAUUCAUGUCUUCGAUGAAUAUUGGCACUCAUCUUCUGACACUGCCUCCUUCUCCUCAUGCAAUGCUACAGGUUCAUAGAAAUCUCAAAAUGUAAAGACAUUACAACUCUAAACAGAAAAGUAUUUUUUUCCUUAACAUUUUUAUCUUUGCUGUGUCAUUUUAGUAAUAGUACAAAGGCAGCAGCAAUACUCAAAUUAUCUCAGAAAGGUACUCCACCUUAAAUUUGGAAUUAGGGACAGGGAUGGCAAAUUCCAAGUCUUCUCUAAUGUUUCAAACUAGAAUGGAUUGCAAGUGGAUAUUUUCAUGAGGCUAGUUAUAAAUUCAGUACAUUGCUAAACCUCCAACAUCUAUAUUCACUGGUUAUAGUUACGAGGUGAUAUGAACUUUUAUUGAUCAGAUGAUCAAGCUAUACAGUCUCUUGGGAUUUAAAUUCUCAAGUGAUAUUUGUUGUGAUGCACCUUCAGCCAGGCCUCCAUACUGGACUGCAAGGAGAGAGAAAAAGGACACUAUGCUAGAAACCAGGAAACUGAAUUUUACUCCAGCCUUAGCCAUGAAAAUCGACUUUGGUUCAGUCAUUUUCUCUCAGUCCAAUCACCUCUCAGGUUUAUUGUUGUGGAAAAAAUAGGAAGAGGAAGGAGAAUUGUGUAUGUUCACCAUCUUGAGUUACUUAUAAAGUAAUAAAGAUGGGAUAAAAAAAUCUAAUAAAUAAAAUCAAGAUGAACACUAGAAAUCCACAAAAUAUUAGUGUUUGCUAUGUGUCUUUGUUGCCAUCUAGUGGUCAUUAGAAUUUUUGGAGCCCAAUUUGAAUACUGCAGCGUAUAAUGUGUUUUGGAUCUGGCUUGACUUGCAUUUUCCCUCAAAAUAAUUGUUCUCCAAAUAGGCCUGCCGUUUCCACUCCCCCUCCCCCCCACCUGUCAAGUAAUAACUCUUGUAAUUCCCAGUCAGCAUGGCCCACAGUGGCACUAAUCGUGUAUGAUAAGGGUGAUCAUGCAGGAUCUUAAGUUAGGGGAAGCUUGAGACUGAGAUAAAAUCAGUAAAAAGUGAAGGCAGAUGAGUGAAGUUAAUCAAAAGGUUUAUAGAUAGAGAUUACUUCUUUUUUAAAAACUGGAGAAUAUUGGCACUAGCUUGGUUCAGCUAUUUUAUAUAGCAAAUCUAUGGGAGGUUCAUCUGGAGAUCACCAGAUUGGGCAAAGUGAUCUGUUUACCACAGAAAUGAGAAUGUUUAUAUUCUUACUAUAUGAAUAUGGUUCGUAGAAAGACUAUGCGCACCUCUGCAAGUGUGAGGAUGUCCAUUAUUAGUGAAAAAUAAUGGGAAGUAAAUGGGAGUAAAUGUACUCUUUGUGAAAGUGUUGCGUAUGUGCCUGUAUGAGAGAGAGGUGCUAAACUGAAAGAUGGCUGCUGUUGGGCUUUUAUUUGGUGCAAUGUCUUGUAAUGUUGGUUCCCAAACAAUGUACCUUCCGGAGAUGUGUUCAAUCUUUCUUGA